CAUUCCUCAAGGCGGCGCCUUUUUCUCCUACUUUUUCUCUGCCUGAAACCACAGCAGCAGCAGCGGCGGCCGCCAAAGCCCCCAAGGAAGGGAAGGGAGGUGAGGGGUAGGUGAAGUGGGAGUGGGAAGACGCGCGGAGGGGAGGACGAGCAUGGCUGCGGCCGCGGGGAGGAAGGUGGCGGUCGCCGCCGUGCAGUUCGCCUGCACCGACGUCGAGGCGGAGAACGUCGCCACCGCCGAGAGGUUGAUUAGGGAAGCACACAAGAAAGGUGCAAAGAUUGUACUCAUUCAGGAAUUGUUUGAGGGGCACUAUUUCUGUCAAGCUCAAAGGAUGGAUUUCUUUCGGCGCGCUAAGCCUUACAAAGGCAAUCCAACUAUUAUAAGGAUGCAACAGCUUGCUAAGGAGUUGGAAGUUGUGAUACCUGUCAGUUUUUUCGAAGAAGCAAACAAUGCACAUUAUAAUUCGGUGGCCAUUAUUGAUGCUGAUGGCACUGAUCUUGGACUCUAUCGCAAGUCACACAUUCCAGAUGGACCAGGUUAUCAAGAGAAGUUCUAUUUCAACCCAGGUGACACUGGCUUUAAGGCUUUCAAAACCAAGUAUGCCACGAUUGGUGUUGGAAUCUGCUGGGAUCAGUGGUUUCCAGAGUGUGCAAGAGCAAUGGCACUUCAGGGGGCUGAAAUACUGUUCUAUCCCACUGCAAUUGGAUCUGAACCCCAGGAUGGUAACCUGGAUUCCCGUGAACAUUGGAAGCGAGUUAUGCAAGGCCAUGCUGGUGCCAACUUGGUCCCUCUAGUUGCUUCCAACCGGAUUGGCAGAGAAACUGUUGAGACUGAGCAUGGCAAGAGCACGAUAACCUUCUAUGGGAAUUCCUUCAUUGCAGGACCAACUGGAGAAAUAGUGAAGCUUGCUAACGACAAAGACGAGGAAGUGCUGGUGGCAGAGUUUGACUUGGAUGAGAUCAAGUCGAUUAGGCAUGGUUGGGGGAUAUUCAGAGACCGGCGCCCUGAAUUGUACAAAGUGCUAUUGACGUUGGAUGGCGAGAAAUAAUCAUAAGCUCCAAUCUCGUGUGUGUGGUUAUCUAUCCUUGAAAAGGAUAAGGGCUCAGGGCUCCACAAUAAUGGGAAGGCACCAGCAGGCUCCACUGAGUGCUGCCACCACAUCAAUGGUAGUUUUUCUCCUUCCUUUCCCUGUCCAACAAUGCUUUGCCUGCAUUUGUACAAGCCAUCUGGGUGCUUUGUGAUAUUUCUCCAUUUCAUAUUCAGCAGAAUAUAUCCUUUUCAUGCAAUGUAAUCCUAUGGCAGAGGAAAAUUCAGAGCUCCAUUUCAUAAUUGCACCAAUGAUUCCUUGUUAUACUCUGAUUUAUGGUAGCAUUAGUCUAUCAAA